GCACCUUAACAUGGAUCGGGUUAGAGAUCGGGUUUUUUCCCAUCGGUACCCGUAUCUCUUUCAAAGCCCUCCAAAAUCCCCUGCUAAACCCUAGAAAUUUUGAAUUUGCCUAAUUCGUUUCUUCAAUUUCAACUGAAAAAAUGGAGGAAUCACCACCGUCCUCCUCCUCUAAUGGAAGAGUUGACGCUGUUACUGAGACAAUGAAUCAGUUGAAAGUAGCAGAAGAAGGCGAUGAUGGAAGUCGCGUGCAAGUCACGUGUUUCUCUGAAGUCGUUAACGAUGCUACUCUCUACUUUCAGAUCAUUCGUCUUCAGAAUCAGAUAUAUACAUGGAUUGGUUGCAACUCCACCAAACUUGGGGAUUUGUAUGCAGCUGCUCCAACAAGACCUGGCAAUACUGUUAGCGUGAGUUCCUUGACAGGAGGAUCAUCUGAUAAUACAGGAGCUGGUAUUGCCCGUAGAAUAGUUCUUAAGACUGGAAUCAAUGUUGUACUUGCUUCUAAUAUCCCCAAGAACAGCCCCAUGCUUGAGGCAGCUGCUGAGAAAAAGUUGGUGCAAAAGCUUAUCAGUCUAGGCUACGGAAAGCCUGGACCUCGAGGAGCAUCUCCGUAAUAGAUGUCCUUGCGUAUUGAGCUCAAUGUAGCAGUUAACUCAUUGUGAGAUAUUACUCUAGAAGUCAUGCAGAAUACAGGAAAACAGAAGAAUGAAAAGCCAACUAUGCCAUGGAUACGACAUCCAACAACCAGAUCGAAUCAUUUACCAUCAGCAAUGAAAAUGAAAUGAUGAUCACAUAGGAACUUGAUUAUUGUGCUGUGCUUAUGUUCUUAUUACUGAAUACUAGAAUAUUGGAUGCGAUGAAUAGCUCCGGAAGUGCAAUUUUCAUGUCUGUGUGAUGAACUGAUUGACAUAUUUACGAGAUCAUCAAUUCAUACGUCUAAUUUGUUAGACAAUGAUAGUACUUACCCUCUUUAGUGUUUU